AUGCAGACGAGCAGCGGGCUAACAUUCGCUCUGCAGGCCCUUCUGACCCGCCAUGAAUCGUAUGUCAGUGAAUCGCAACAAGAACACCAACGUCUCACAGCCUAUAUCAACGACCUGGAAAGAGAGAGGACACAUCUGCAAACGGCAAAUGAGAAGAUAGUGGAGGAAAACCGACAGCUCUUGAAUCAGCUCGAAGUCGCAAACACUUCGCUCCAGGACAGCGAUAGCCAUGUUAGGAGCCUGGAGGCAUUGCUCCGCGACUGCGAGGUGGAAUACAAACGGUUGAACGGCCUCAAUCGACGGACAGAAGAGCUGGAACUCCAGAUACUCGAAUUGGAGAACGAGCGAAUCACAUUAUCCCGCCAGUCGGAAGACACCAAGGAGGAAUCCAAAAGCACAAUCAGACGGUGGAAGGAAAGCGAGACGAAAGUCAGGCAGCUCGAAAGUGAACUUCAAAGAAUCGAAUGGGAAGCCAAGAAGGACAAAGAACGAUAUGAGGAGGUCAUCGCCAGACUGCAGAGAGAGCGAGUGCUUGAGAGAGAACUCGGUGGUGCCGAGGGCCGACUCAAAGGUGCUGCUGCGUUACGCGGCCUCAACGCAAAAGAAAGCGGCACCAAUGUUAUCAGCCAUUUUGUGCGCGACAUUCUUCAGGACAAUGCGAAUCUGCAGGCUGGAAUUGUCGAGCUCCGGGAACUGCUUCAAGCCUCAAACGAAGAGGUACAGAACCUCAGGGAGCAGAUUCUACAACAUCAACCUGUGGAAAGUGAUGGCAUGCAGAACCUUUCCAGAUCAGUUCCUUUGAGUGAGCAAAUUGACUGGGCAGAACCGUCCCCGAAAGUGCAGCAGUCAGUUCAUGUUCACCAUCACUACCAUGCAAAACUCGGCAAGAGGGAACGGACAUCGAUUAUACGAAGAAGCUCUCGAAAACGGGCGGUCAUCGGACUCAGUAUGCUCCCUUCUACCCCGGAGUCGUCUGCGCCUUCAACACCACUUGUCGGACCUCAUCGGUUCGUCUCAAGCCCUAUUUUACCCACGAGUCUUCACCAGCCGCAGCCAAUGCGGAAUCGUUGGUCUGUACAGUCGACUGCAACAGCAUCAUCCAUGGCGUCCAGUUUUCCUAGCUCUCCGAGGUCGUAUUAUGAGCAACCCAGCUCUAUCUUCGACCGGAUUGAAGCAGGCGAGGAGUCAUCUAGACCCACAAGUCCAGAGUCUGCAGGCUUCGCGACUUCGCCGCUGAAGUUUGACGACGCACCUGUCCUAGGAAAGUUGCAUUAUUCAACAGCGGGAGAAGCCCCGAUUGCGCCCGACCACGAACCUGUCGAUCAUGAUACCUUGCAGCCUGAGGUCGACGCCGAAGCCGAGACACAGAACCGAGAUACGGGUCUCGAACCAGGUUCUCAGGAACUGACGCCGAAGCCUUCGCAGAUACUUGUUGCCUACGAUAGGAUAGAGAGUCACAUCCAUCCCGAACCGCCAGAUCCUGGCACUUCGAAUGAGCAACCACCAACUCCCACAGAUCCAGAACCUCCGAACAUUAUUGUCGAGGAACAUCCUGAAGAACAUCCGGAUGCACUCGAACAAGCGUUCGCAGAUGAUCUACCUAGUAUCGGACCGGUGCACGUCAGCGGACCAAGUCUACGACGCUCAGCUUCUCAUGACUCGCUAGUCUCCAUCUCCGGCAUGGACAUCCACAUUGCCAAACGACCAAGCUCUUCGACAUCACAAUCGUUCAGCCUCCUCAAAGGCAACAAAGCCUAUUUCGCCCUCCCACCUUCUGCGGCUCGCAGAACACCGUCAGCUCAGCCGCUUGCCACUGUUACGGAAUAUACCGCUUCGAGCUCGGUGAGAUCUUUCAGCUCAAAUUCGUUGACUGUGCCAUCCGCCGAACUUUCACUGCCCCCGCGAAGUGUAAGCUCGAGUGUUGCCGCUUUGAGUGGCCUUGCCGGUCUUCCAUCUCCACAGCACGAAAACCAACGGUCGUCGGCGUCGAGCUCGAGCGGGUUUACUGGACUCGUUGGUGGUUGGGUCCGAGGCAAGUGGGGCAUCGCGCCUGUAAAGUCGAGCACAGACUUGCGCUCUUCUGCGGCUUCAGUAUCGACAUCUUCCUCGACUGAAUCGCAACCACGAGGCUUAUUGCUUCCGAGUGGCAGACUACCGGGCAUCAACCAGAAGGGGCCAAUACCCGGAUUGAGACCACCUCAGAAAAUCAAGGCGGUGCAGGUAACGUUGGUGAACGAAGCGGGGCUCAAGGAGAGCUUAGCAGAGUAA